UAAGAAGUGCUGGGAAAUGUGUCGAGGAAUUCUCUUAUUGUUUAUGCUGAGUCUGAGUUGGCUCAAGCUCACUGCUGGCGGUUGCAGUCGCAUACCGCAGGGCGCAACGGGAGAGCGUUCGGCAGUCGAUGAUAAUUUCAAAAUAUUAAUCGAUGGCAAUCCGACGACCUUUAUACCCGAUCAUCAGUACAAUGUUUCCCUGUCGUGUCCGAUCAACCUGAAGUUCAUUAGCUUUACGCUGAUUGUCGAAAGCGAGGAUCAAUCGCUGGCCUACAACGCACAGGAUAUGACUGGACACUUUGAGCUGACCGACACGGCCGAGACGCGUUUCAGCAUUGGCUGCGAGAACAUGAUCGAGAGCACCAAUACGAAUGCAAAGACGCGUAUCGACGUCUCCUGGAUAUCACCAAAGCAGCCAGAUAGUGGCUGUGUUCUGAUCAGGGCAGGCGUGGUGCAGCAUCGCGACGUGUGGUUCAUUGAUGAUGGCUUCCUUACAAAACGCAUCUGUCCAGAGGAAAUCGAUGAGCUGAACAGUCUAACGCCAGCGCUGCAAAAUUGCUGUGCUUGCGACGAGGCCAAGUAUGAGAUAAUUUUGGAGCGCAAGUGGGCCAGGAAUACGCAUGCCAAGCAUUUUCCAUCGGAGGCUUGGCGCACACGUUUGGGCGAAAUAAUUGGCGCCUCGCACAGCUACAGCUAUCGUUAUUGGGCGUAUGGCGGACGGGCCAGUCAAGGCAUGCGUGAAAUGGCAGAGCACGGAUCGACGCGUACAUUGGAGCAGGAGAUUAGGGAUAAUACACAGAAUGGCGAGGUGCGCACCAUAAUUAAGGCACCUGGCAUCGGACAUCGUCAGAAUGUCUUUGGCACCACCUUGGCGAAUGCGCGUGUCGAUCCACAGCAUCAUCAAAUAUCUCUGGCGGCCAAAAUUGAUCCAUCUCCAGACUGGAUAGUGGGCGUGGCUGGCUUGGAAUUGUGCUUGAGCAAUUGCACUUGGCUGGAGCGUAAAGUUCUGAACUUAUAUCCCUGGGACAUAGGCACCGACUCGGGUCCCUCGUACAUGUCGCCCGAUCAACCACAAGUACCGCCGGAUGUUAUACGUCGCAUUACCUCGUCGUACCCCAGCGAUUAUCGUUCGCCCUUCUUUGAUGAUUCGGGUGCCCCAAUGAAGCCCUUAGCCACGCUCUACGUGACCAGAAAGAAGCUAUACAUACGCGAGUGUGAGGAGGUGCCUCAAGACGGUCCUUUGGAGUGCGCAACUCAUCCGUGGAACGAGUGGAGCAAUUGCAGCACGCGCUGUGGACCUGGCUAUUCGCAACGUUAUCGCAGCUACAAGAAUCCGUCACUGGCAGCCAGCUACAGCUGCGACAAUCGCAUGGAGGAAGUGCGUCAGUGUCAGGGCAUGCAAUGCGGCAUGGAGAACGAACAGCUGGGCAAUGGUGAAUUUAAUGAAGAUGCCAAUGGUCCGGCUACCAUGGCUGAGUGUGAGAUGAGCACGUGGAGUGAGUGGUCGCCAUGCUCAAAGACAUGUGGGCGUGGCAUAUCGACGCGCAGGCGUGACUAUCACAAUCCUCAGGCCAGGUCGCGCUGCCAGACAGUGGUGCGAAUGCCACUAGAGGAGACAAGGCAGUGCACCGGCACCGACUGUGGUGGCACAAUAGCCGACAAUGGCGACCUGGAUGGCCUGCAACCGGAGUCGGAUCCGUUCGGAGGCAUCAAUGAAGCUGGCUUUGAAAGUAAUAGACCCGGCUGGAACUUGAAUAACAACUACAACAGAAGGCCGAGCUUGGAUAGGAUGGAUCAAGGCUGGACUGGAAACAAUUUGGCCACACCCAACUAUCAAGAACUAGGCAAGAGUAAUCGACGACAGCCCUACGAAAUGGAACGACCCUCAGGCAACAGCUAUAAUAAUGAUCAGAGGAGCGAUGGCUACAACGAAUACAAACAGAACAGAGAAGAUAGCGACAACGACUACAGGCAGGAUAAUCGAGACGAUAGUUACAACGACUACAAGCAGGACGGUCGAGGCAACAGCUAUAACAACAACAAUUAUGAAUCCGUCUCUAGGAACAAUAAUAACAACGACUACAGUAAUACCCUAUAUAGAGGCGGCUUCGGCACGCGUGCCCCAUUUGCUCCACGCUAUCCGGAUCGCCAGGGCCAACAGGAUGCGGCAGGCAGCAAUUACAAUGUGAUGCAGGACUAUUGCUAUGAGAAGCCCUUCGCCUCGACGGUACCCUGUCUGGCCAACCCGGUUAUCGUGCGCAACUAUUGGUUCUACGAUCACGAUGAUCACGAGUGCAAAAUCUUUACCACAGACAAUUGCGACGAGAACAACAAUCGCUUUCGCACACUGAUGGCGUGCGAGGGCACCUGCCUGCUGCCCCAAAUCAAUUUGGCCCGUACCGACGAUCCCGAAGAGAGCCCAUAUGCAGGUGAUAACCCCUAUGGAGCCGAUACGUUCCAGCCAAGCGGCGGUUUCAGAGGAGAUGAAGGCUUUGGUCAGCCCAUGGCUCAGACAAGAAACAAAUAUAGCAAUGUCCGACGUGGCAGAUAUGGCAGUUAAGCACUUAAUAAAGUUUAAAGCAA